UCUGAUCCAUCGAAACGGCCAUUUUAAGAAGUUGCACAAGCGGGGUCCAGUGGUUUGAACAUUCAAACAGCUUCUUUUGGAUAUUUCUACAAAUAAAGAUGGCCAGCACACUUCCCAAAAGUGGGAAGGCUGGGAUUGGGAGAUAUAGUUAAGCAUAUAAGGAUUUGGAUAUAUAGCAGUGAUAAACCAGUGGUGGGAUAAAGACACAGGGAAAAUACGAACACAACAAGAUGGCGAUGGCCCGUCUGGUUGUGAUUGUGGCCAUUUUAGGCAUUUUAUCCAAACAUAGUGAUGCUGAUUGUACCGGGGGAGACGCUCUUAGUGUUUAUGCAUGUACCUCUGCAUUUUAUAACUCAUUUGGGGGAAAUUUGACAGCUUUACUUAAUUGCGAAUUUAGUUGCACGGAUUAUGAAUCAACGGUGUCCUGUCUCAAUAGUCUUAAUUCUGUUGAAUGUCGACAAGAGACGCCAACUUUAUUUAACAACUACACAAUUGUCAAUGGAAUGGCGUGUGAAUACGAGGACUUACCAGAGAAGUGUCCUAAUGUUGCCCCUGUCAACGAUGCGCCAGUAACGGGCGGAUGGGGAGAAUGGGGCAACUUCUCUGCUUGUACAGCCACAUGUGAAGCGGGAAUAAGUGUUCGCACGCGUGAGUGUAACAACCCAACACCGGCGAACGGUGGGGCCAACUGUACAGGGAAUAGCACUGAAACCGUACUAUGUCCCGGACCAGACCAUUGUCCGAUUGACGGUGGACUGAGCAAUUGGACGAGCCAAGGUUGUAAUAGGAAUGACGUCACAUGUAGCGGUGGUACAGAAACGUGGACGAGAACCUGCGAUUCCCCUGAACCAAUGUAUGGUGGUGCUAACUGCACCGGGGAUACACUUAAAGUAACGGGUUGUAACGGAUCGGACAUAUGUUUACAAUCAUGUACAUCAGACCAGAUAACAUGCGAUGGCGGCGCAAAAUGUCUCUCAUUCAGCCAAAUCUGCAAUGGCUUUCCCGAUUGUGCUGACGGGUUUGAUGAAAGCGAGCUUGCGUGUCUUAGCACAAACCUUCUCAGGGAUGACGCCGCUAUGCCUGCAACAAGUUUCUCGAAAACAAUCUUCCUUGCGAUAACAACACUAUUGUUGCUGCUAAUGUAGUAGAUAGGAGAUAUACCGAUCCCGUGCUUGAAAGAUAGUUGGAAUGAAUUGGGGAAUUAUCUAGAACUGAUAGUCAGUCUGUCAUGCCCCAGAAGAUGGUGUUGAUUAUCAAGCACUCGGCGUAGUGUAAAUAUAGGAUUAGGACGUCUUCUUAGUGCAAUCUAUGAUAGACCAUAUACACAUAAACAAGCACCUGAUUGUUACACCAUACAUAUACAUAGGAUUUACUCAUAUGUCUACAUGGAAGAAUACUGACACGUUACGAAAUCUCCAACAAAAAAGAGCUGAAAAAUAACUGAAUCGACAACAAACGCAACAAUGCCUCCUGAUUAUGUCUAACAUAAAAUCAGAUAUGGAAAAUAAAUAUAUAUUCAUGAAGUCAGUUAUAUUAUGACAGAAGAUGUUACCAGAUGCUGUAUAUUUUUUAUGUAUCUUUUAUAAAUAAUUUUCCUUGUGCUGUGAAAUUGUGAAUGUGAUACUUUACUGCUAACACUGCCGUCCGCUGUAACAAAGGUUAAUAGGAAUAUGUCAUAUCAAUCAAAGAGGAGCAGAAUAGGAAUAUGUCAUAUCAAUCAACGGGGACCAGAAUAGGAAUAUGUCAUAUCAAUCAACGGGGACCAGAAUA